AUGUCGACUUCAACCAUACCGCGUCUAGCUCAACAGCUCGUCAGUGUAGUAGUCCCGGAGUUAGGGGAUGAUCGAGUCGGUACAUCCAGUUUGACCAGUCGGAUAGUCAGAGAGAUCAGAGCGGAUGUUCAAGGAGGUGCGAGGAAGGAAUGGGAGGACGUCAGACAUGCUAUACAGGGAUUAUCGCGAACAGCUAAAGUACGUAUCCAAGAAGAUCUCGCAGAAGCCUUGGAGGAAAAUCUCAAAGCGUUAGAGAGAUGUCGCGAGAAGGGGAAGGGGAGCUGGGAAGGGGAUGAACAGAUGAAGAUCAGUAAUUUACCUCAAUAUGUCCAUCUAUUACUGAACCUUUCCGAUAAACCUACUUUGCAAACCCUUGAAUUCGCAUAUUCCUAUUUACAGCGAUCUACCCCAUCAGGACCAACAGCAGAUCAAAUAUUGUACAAGGAAAUCAUGGAUUGUGAACCAUUUGAUCCUGGUGAAAUAUGGGAUGAAGAAGUCUUAUCGGGCUGGACAGAUUCUGAAAAUGAAUAUGACGGGGAUUACCUGUUUGAAAAUUCAGACUCUGAGGGUAGUCCCGAAGAGGAUUAUGUGAAGACGCCUAGCUCAGCAGCUAUUCGAGCGCAACGCAGGAGGGAUGAUGAGAAUAGGAGAAAACGGCUAGAAGAAGAUAGAAGGGAGGAGGCUUUGGAGGUGGUUAGAGGGUUGAAAAAUGGGUAUUGGAAUAGACCUGGAAUGAUUCAUGUAAUUAAGAAAGGGUCAUACGGAUGGAGGGAUCUUGUCACUCAGUCAAGCACUGCCUCGUUAGCUGCAAAAGCAGUUCAGAAUAGACCAAUGACCGAUAAAGCUAUAACUUCGACUCAGCUGCAGCGAGAGAUACUAUUCGCUCUUUCCGGACGACCAGGAGUUGUAUUUCAAUUCUCAGACAAAGGUAUUUGCUCUGUUAUACCAAAUCAUCCACAAGUCAAUCAUCUGUCUUCAGGCAGCUUGGGUGACGUUCUCGUCGCCUUCCAAAAAUAUGCGAAUCAAGCUGCUUCGAUCAGGAGAUUCAUCCUGGAGACCCUUCAGCCGAAUCAAAUAUGUUCAACCAAUCGCUCAAAUCAAACUUACAACAAGCCAAAAGGACCCAAUAAGACCCAGCAAGCGUUCGCAGGAGUUUGUCAUACUAUAUUAUCAGAUUUUGAUUUAUGGUUAUCCGAAUUGGAAUGCUCUUUCAUACAGGGCAUUCAUAAAGCUUCGACAUCAUUCCAAGUAGACGGGUCUUCAUCAGCUUCGACACCCUCUUCGCUCCUUCUAGCACUUGACAGACGUUAUUCGGUGAUUCUAGACUCACUGGCAUCGUUCAUACCUCAUUCCAACAAUUCAACGAUCCUCCUAAACCUCAUUCUCACAACUAUCAAUACGUUCGGUCAUUCUGCAUUCAACGAGCAAUUCAGUACCCUAUAUGAUAUCUUCAUACAUACUGCUAAACCUGUAUGGGAAAUGCUAAGGGUAUGGAUCCAACACGGUAUGCCCAUCCCCUCAUCAUUCACCGAAGAGGCGUAUACGACCUCGAUCGAUGAAGGGACUGAACGAGCAUUGGAAGAUGAGUUCUUUAUCAAAAAAGAUAGAGAUGUCAGCUGGGCCGAUGAGGAUUUCUACGAAUGUGGGUAUGUAGUCGAUGAACAUGGAUGGCCUGAAUGGAUAGGAGAGGAAUUAGGUGAGAUGAUCUUAGGAGCUGGAAAAGCUAGAGGAUUGUUGCAGAGUUUAUUGGGUGGGAUGGGUACGGUGGAGGAUUGGCAGGAUCUAGGAGAGUUGUUGCGAUCGGACUUGCCUUCCCCGGAUGAAGGACGUUCCAAAAGGCCAGAAGGAGUGAAUGUAGUCGAGAAGAUAUCAGGUUAUUUGAUGCCGAUAUGUCAAUUGCUUCAGUUCCACCUUAGAAGGGUACUUGAUGAAGAAUGUGGAUUGGAGGAUCAUCUUGAUGCGAUCGAGGGAGUGAUGUAUCAUGGAGGGCAUGAUGUUUUGGAUGAUUGGAGUAAAGUCUUGUUUGAUAAGGUGUCUGCCAACGCAAAAUGGACAGAUUUCCAGACACUUAACAGCACGUUCCGAGAUAUCGUCGAGGAGAAGCAGGCUGGAUGGAUGAACCCCGCUGCUAUACGUAUACGAACUAUUCGAUCGUCAGGUGCGCUCGUAGGACCAAGAGCCUUAGAGAUACUUCGAGUCAAUUAUGAGGUUCCAUUCCCUCUAUCACAAAUAUUCUCAUCGACAUCGAUCGAAUUACGAGCAGAGGUGUUUACUUUCCUUCUGCAAUUGCGCAUGGCGCGAUACCUCUUGAUUCAAACCAAGGAACAUGAUCGAGAGCUCAUUGCUAAGAGGUCAUACGAUGGGGAAAAGGAUAUUAGGGCAAUGUUGAUGAUGAGGCAAAAGCUAUCAUGGUUCAUCGAUACUGUCUACAUCUGGCUUACUGACCGCAUCAUAGAAGUGCAGAACACAGACUUCAGAAGAAAGUUGAGUGAGAUGACAAGUCUGAAAUCGAUGAUCUCACUAGAGUUGCAACAUACUCGAAAAAUGCGAAAUUACGCUUUCCUUCAUCCAUCAACUUCCGAGAUAUACGAGAAUAUCCAGAAUAUAUUCGAUCUAACUCAUAUCCUAUCGGAAUGCUAUACAUCAUACAUGGUACAAACACCUUCUAAGUAUAGUCCCCUAGAGGCAUUUGUGACACGUAGGAGACCGCGGAACAGACGAAAGAAAAAGAUACAUGACAUCUCGUCAGAUGAAGAUGAUGAAGGUGAAGUAGUCAUAGAAGCUUCGAUAUCUUUCGUUGAGCUCAGUUUUGGUGACAGGAUGAACAAGAUGGAUAGAGAUUUGGAUGAUCUUGUUAGACAGAUCAGGGAAGGAAUUGAUAUGCUUGCGAUGGGGUCGGAAGGGGAGGAGGAUGGUUGGAGUAUGUUGGCGUUUGCUUUGGAAGAAUGGAAAUGA